CCUCCUUCAGCUCAGAAGAAGUCCGAAGAGCCUCCAAGGCAAAGCAGCGAUCUUUCCCCGUCCCUGUUCAUCGUAGAUCGAUCGGAGCUCUCGGCCGGCCUCCCAUCGGCGACCGUCGGCGGAAGAAGGAGGAGGAGGAAAAGCGGCGACGAUGAGGUUCGGCUUCGCAAUCGGCGCCUUCGGAGUCCUGAUCCUGUCUCACGCCGCCUAUUCCACCGUCCAAUAUAGGGGGUUGUUGAAGAUCAUGGAGGAGGAAUUCUCGGGGCCUCCGCUCAACGUGGUCGCUGAAUUGCUCGUGGGGCUCGUUCUCUGUGUGUUGGCUGCUCUCACUGUGCCCGGAAAGUUCCUCUCGAUCCAUCCUGAUUCCGAAGAAAACAGGAUAGUUUCUCUCCCAGACAACCUGGACUUCAUGAUUUUCAACCACCGUGGUAGAGUGUUUCCUUCUCAACUGGAUCUGAAGCUGAAGCAUUGAGACGUCUGACGUAAUGAGUGCCCUGAAGGCUUUAUAAGCUUUCUCUCCCUCCUUUUUGAACUUAAGACGCAUAGAUGUUUUAUAAUCCAAGCUUGACCAAAAAUCCAAAGGGUUUCACACUGUAUAAUUCCUGGAACUGUAGGAAAAAACUGGAGAUUUGCAUUUUAUUGGAGUACUUUCUGAUUUUCUCGUGCAAACAGAAAGAUUGAUUUUGAUAGUGGUCGAUAACCGUUCAAAAUGGGGGAACACAAACAUCACGAGUAUGUUUAGUGUAUGUUUGAUGUUUUGAGCUCUAGUUUGGUGAAAAUGAGAUCCAUCUAGAUUUUCCCUUUUGA